GAGUGAGAGAGGGAGGGACAUCAGAAGAGUAUAGGGCUUAUAUACACCGUCAGAAAGACGAGUUCUUCAAAGCACCGAAAGGACUGUUUACGUUUCAGGAGAGAAGCUGAAGCAUACUGGUCGAAGAGGAACGUUUGAAAAAGGAAGAUGGUGCGGUGGUUUCACAGAGAUCUGUCUGGUUUAGAAGCAGAGGCCGUUCUGAAGACCCGAGGUUUCCAUGGGAGCUUCCUGGCCCGACCCAGCAAGAAGAAUGUGGGCGAUUUCUCCCUAUCCGUUAGAGUGGGGAAUAUGAUCACCCACAUCAGGAUUCAGAACACAGGCGAUUAUUAUGACUUGUAUGGCGGGGAGAAGUUUGCUACUUUGGCCGAGCUGGUGGAAUACUACACUGCAGACCAUGGAGUUUUACAGGAUAAAGAUGGGACAGUUAUUGAGCUCAAAUACCCACUAAACUGCUCUGACCCCACUACGGAGAGAUGGUACCAUGGCCACCUGUCAGGUCCAAAUGCUGAGAAACUGCUUCGUGAGCGCAACGAGCCUGGGACGUUCCUGGUCAGGGAGUCGCUCUCCAAACCAGGAGACUUUGUGCUGUCUGCACUAACCGAUGAGCAAACCAGUGCUGGUGGGAGGGUCUCCCAUAUAAAGAUCAUGUGCAAUAAUGACCGCUAUACGGUUGGUGGUAAAGAAAUUUUUGACAGUUUGACAGACCUUGUUGAGCACUUCAAACGUACCGGUAUCGAGGAGUUAUCUGGCACAAUGGUUUACCUAAAACAGCCCUAUUACUCCACCAGGUUAAAUGCAGCUGAUAUUGAGAGCAGAGUAAAGCAGCUCGACCAGACGUCAGAGAGAGAGGAAAAGGAGGGGUCUGAUAAAAAAAUAAAAGCCGGAUUCUGGGAAGAGUUUGAUGCACUGCAGAAGCUUGAAACUAAGGUAACGAAGAGCAGAGACGAAGGGAUGAGACCAGAAAACAAAAGCAAAAACAGAUACAAGAACAUCCUUCCAUUUGAUGAAACCCGGGUUAUCCUGGCGAAUGCAGAUCCUAAUGUCGUCGGCUCUGAUUACAUCAAUGCCAACUAUGUAACAAACAAAUUAAUGGAAAUCGAUCACCAGAAAGUUUACAUCGCCUGUCAAGGCUGCCUUGCGACCACUGUAAAUGAUUUUUGGCAAAUGGUAUGGCAGGAAAAGACAGGAGUAAUCGUCAUGACAACAAGGGAGGUUGAAAAAGGACGGAACAAAUGUGUCCCAUACUGGCCAACGACUCAAGGAGAGAGCAAGGACGCAGGGAGAUAUGUGGUUAAGUUACUGUCUGAGAUGGAUGCUACUGAUUAUAAGGUCCGAGUGUUGGAACUCUCAGCUCCUCAUCGGAAAGAGCAACCAAGAACCAUCUGGCACUACCAGUAUUUAAGCUGGCCAGAUCAUGGUGUGCCCCAGGAACCCGGUGGAGUUCUUAGCUUUCUGGAGCAGGUCAACGGCAAACAGCAUGAACUUCGCUCAAACGGACCAAUGAUAAUUCACUGCAGUGCUGGUAUUGGACGAACAGGAACCAUUGUGGUGAUAGACAUGCUUAUAGAUACAAUUGAUGCUAAAGGUCUGGACUGUGACAUUGACAUCCAGAAGUGUAUUCAGAUGGUUAGGGAUCAGCGGUCCGGCAUGGUACAGACUGAGGCCCAGUACAAGUUUAUCUACAUGGCCGUGCUUCACUAUAUAGAAUCAACUAAGGUCACACAUAAAGCCGUCAUGGAAACAGAAACUGAGUAUGGAAACCUCUCAAUUCAACCCAAACACCAGAAAGCCAGUCGCAAAACCUCUUCAAAGAAAAACGAAGAUGUCUAUGAGAAUCUUGGCGCAAAGGGAAAGAAAGAUGUCAAAAAACAGAAAUCAGAGGAUAAGAAGAGUGGCUCUGUGAGAAAACGAUAAAAAUGAAACAGAUGAGAUUUAAAUUGUGCUUUAUAGUUGUACAGCUUAUUUUUAAAAUAAAUUUUCAGCUGUUUUGCAUACAAGUUGUUUAAAGUGUACUGAGCCAGAGGUUUUUAGAAAGAAGACAACAUUUUUAUUGAUGACCAACAAAUUCUGCAAAAUUUCUAUUUGUGUUUGUUCAUUUUUAAUUAUUUAGAAAAAUAAUUUUUUUUAAGUUUUAACUGUGCUUUUCCCCAUGUCGUUCUCAAUUUUAAUAAAAGUCUUGUUAAAAGACUGUUCAAAA